AAUAGAUGUAGAUAUGUGUUUGUGUGUUUGGUUUAAUCAGUGACAACCGGAGUCCACCGUAGACGCAAAUUCGAACAAGUUGGGCAUCGUAUGAGUUCCGAACUGUCGCGCUUACUGUCGUCGUCUUCGUGUUCAACCGCUAUUUACUUCCACCAGACGCACGUGUAUUGCGCUGUGUUGGUGAAACGAGUAGUUCAAAGUGAAUGUUUACUUUUUGCUUGUAAGAAGUAUUUGUAGAUGUUGUGUUGAUCGGAGUGAUUAUUGAAAGCAAAACAUUUUCGUUUGGCAUUCAUUUUCGGCAUGCUACAGUUAUGACAGCACCGAUAUACGCAGUUCUUGUUGAUUUAAUUGUCCAAUGAAUAAUUGUAGUUAGUGUGUUUUAGAUAUUACAUUAUUAGAAACAAGGAACUGAAUGCAUUUUGGAAAUAGACAUGGAACGAAUUUUGCGAGGAGUUAUGCGUUAUCGGAACACCACCCGUGAGCAGAUGGUAAAGGAAUUCCAAAAAGUGCGAGACAAUCCACAGCCCAAAGCGGUGUUCUUCACAUGCAUGGACAGUAGAAUGAUUCCAACACGUUACACGGAUACGCAUGUGGGUGAUAUGUUUGUGGUGCGAAACGCCGGUAACCUAAUUCCACAUGCAGAACACUUUCAGGACGAAUACUUUAGCUGUGAGCCUGCAGCCCUGGAGCUGGGUUGUGUUGUGAACAACAUCCGACAUAUCAUCGUAUGCGGGCACAGUGACUGCAAGGCGAUGAAUCUGUUGUACCAGUUGCGAGAUCCAGAGUUUGCGUCCAGAAAAAAUCGUCGAAUAUCGCCGCUGCGAGCGUGGCUCUGCGAACAUGCAAACACCAGUCUGGGAAAAUUCCAAAAUCUGAGACAGAUAGGCCUAGACAAGCCACUGAUCUUUUCGUCGGAAACGCCUCUGCGCAAGUUUGUGGCGUAUAUCGAUCCGGAGAAUCAGUUCGCUAUCGAAGAUAAACUGUCACAGGUGAACACGUUGCAACAGAUCGAAAAUAUCGCCUCAUACGGGUUUCUGAAAAAGCGGCUCGAAUCCCAUGACCUUCACAUCCAUGCCUUGUGGUUCGACAUUUAUACAGGAGAUAUUUAUUACUUUAGUCGUAACUCGAAACGGUUCAUUCCGAUCGAUGAAAGUACCAUCGAUAAGCUCCAGGAGGAAGUUAGACGGUUCUAUUCGUGAAAUCGGGAAAUCGGGCAGCUUUUAAUAGAUUGAAAGAUAAUAGUCUUCCAUUGAUAUUGUUCAACUGAAUGUUUGUUUUUGUAAAUGAAAUAAAAUAUGUUAUAGUUUUUCUGUUUGUAA